AUGCUUGCCAGAAGAAUCAAGCCCACCUCUGUACGUUACCUACCGCGCACUGCACCGACAACAGUGCGGUUCUACACUGAGCAGGGCGGUGUUUUUGACAAGAGAGAGAAGGCACAGGAAGACCAGUAUGCUCGUACUCACGAAGCGGAGCAGCUGAAGAAGCUGAAGGCUGCGAUUGAGAAGAAGAAGGCUGAGCUGGCCGAGUUGGAGAAGCAGCAUGCUGAGGUCUCGGGGCAAGCAAAGCAGUUGUAA